AUGCUCUUCUACGUGUUCCUCGCACUGAUGCUUCUCAACGCUAUCACUGAAGGUUACAAGGGAUGUGUGGACCGUGCUGAUCAGUACCUGUGCGAAGUGAUCAAGAAGGCUGGUUGGUGUCAGAGCAUAGAAGCAGAGCAGGUUUCCGCGGCGUCUCUCUACUGUCACAACACAUGUGGCUUCUGCGAUUGGACCAAUUAA